CUCCUGAGUAGGACUUCGUACCCUUCCACACAAAAAGGGUGGGUGGGUCAGCAGUGUCGUGUGUGCACGUACAGUACUGUACAGGACUCUCCGAUAAUAAUGAGAUGCGUCUGAUAACUGAGAGGGUACCCCCCUCACCACUGCAUCUUGGUUGGAUGUCGUAUGGCCCGUGAAGGUCCUCUUCCCACCUCUCUCUCCUUUUCUGUCUCUUCUGUGAUCCGAAAACUGCAACAACGAGGAUGACUGCUGGAGGAACAAUGGCAACGACUCAGUCGACUGAGACAGUAGCGCCGGCGGCAGUCACGGCGGGCGAAACAGGAGCGCCAAAACGCAAAUCGAGGCCCCUGAGGCGCAAGACGUCGCACAGCGUCAUUGAGCGACGCCGUCGCGAAAAGAUCAACGAAGGCCUCAUCCAGCUCCAGGCCACGGUGCCUGCCUGCCGCGAGGAAUUGCGCGAGCUGCUGGCGGCCAAGGUCGCAGCAAAGAAAGGCGGGCCCUCGUCCUCCUCCAAAAGGGCGACGGAACGGGACGUGGGGUCCGAAGUGGACCGGCUCAUGGAGGAGAAAGUGGAGACACAGAUGAUUUUGGAGAAGCUGUGCAUUAUCAGCCACACUGUCGACUACGUGCAUGAGCUCCACGAGAAGUUGGCCGCGUACCGUCGAAUGUGUCGCUGUUCUCCUCCUUUGGCAGCUACUCUGCAAGAAGAGGAGUCGAUGAGAUCCAAGCAGCACCAGCAUCGGCUUGAUGUCCACGAGCACGUUGUCCGAGAUCAGGAAGCCGGAACAGAAGGUAAUGUGAGCUCGAGCCAGACCCCCUCCCCGAUCCUGGCCGGACAGGAUUCUGGGAGGACCGUACCGCAGACGUCUUGCUGUGGUGCAAAGCGAAAAAGGCACUGGGGCAGCAACAAGCCGCUGGACAUCAAGAGCGGCGAGACGCUACCGACUUCGAUGCCCAAAAAGGUCAGAGCGGUACAAGGCGCCGAGGAACGCCGCGAUCGACCGAAGCGCAAGGCAGCUCCUUCCAAAUUUGACAAGGAGACGAGCGAGUCGGUGCCCGAUGACGAAGACAUGCAGACCGGCCAAGAAGAGCAGGAGCAAGAGGACAGAGAGCACGACAUGCUCGAAGACGAGAGCGAAAGCGACCACUCGAGUGACUUGGAGCUGGACCCGAUUGCUCCUCACCCUGUCAACAAAGGCGACCAGCUUCCUAAUCUGAAUGCCACUGCUUUCGAUCCAUCGAUCCAGUCGCCAAGCAUUGUGGCAUCAUUGCCAUCGCUACGUUCAUUGUAUGCCAAUGUUGGACCCACUGGCAUCACGCAAGCUGCGACGAUUCCCUUGGCACCGGAAGGUCAAAGACCUUCCAAGAAAGGCAGCGGCAGCAAGAGCAGUCACCACGGUCGGAGCAAGAAGGAGGCAGUGCAAUACAGCUCCGUUUCGAUGCUCGCGACGCCAUCGUCGUUCCUUCGCAGGCGUCGAGCGACAGAUGUGGGCCUCUUCAACCCAGCGCAGCCCGAAUCCCGAAGCGACGGUCACGCCAGCUUCGGGGAGCCUGUCACGCAUGCUUGCGGCCAGGUCCACGCGCCUGGACUUCCAGUUCACAAGGAAGCAGCCCCUCACCUUCUCCCUCCGCUGAUUGCCUACCCAGAGAACAGCCCGCAGAGAAGGCGAAGGAGUUUCUCGCCGAGCGAUCGCGUGCUGCCCGGCCAUUCCCAUACAUGAGUGAAGGGUCAGAUUUCGGUGCCAUAUUGACCCUGUAGUUACGUUACUUUGUCUUCCUCGCGUCAAAUUGUAGACGACUGGGCUCAUGUAGCACGAUGGUGACGAGGCCUGGCGAGGUGGAGCGAUGCAAGAUGCAUCGGUAUCGAAGCGCCACGCCUUCCAUGUUGAGC